UCGCUUGCCCACUAGCCCCCCCCGGCGUGGUCUCACGAACGCAUGGGAACCACGGUAACGGGGCCUUGGGGAGCAACCAGGGGACACCAGCGUUGCUACACAUUGUUUGCAUGGGCCAGCCUGCGUCACAUGCCCAAGUCGACUCCUGGCGCCCUAGACUCUUGACUUCACUCCUCCCAAAGGCCGGCGUUGGCUCUGACGGUGACUACUCUGACACCUAGGCAUCGUCAACGCCCUUGCGUGUGCAUGGGGAUUUACCUUCCUUCCAGUGACACAGCUUUGUAAAAUGGCCUCUGGACGAUAUUGACAUGAGGUUUGGCCCAUCCCUGGCAAUCCUGUUAAAGGCCCCGAUUCCUUUCCCGACCUCAAUAGAUUGGUCCCUAUUAAUCUUCACGGACGCCCGCAACGCCCUGCUGAGAGACCUUGGGAUGCUUCCCAAUAUGGAAACCAAAACUAUCGUAUUUUUUGUCUUCUUUUCCAUGUCUAACUUUUGUCUAGCUGACCCUUUCGCAGAUGCAGCCGCAAGACUGCCAACUUGUGGACUGAGCUGCAUCUUAAGCUCAGUUCCCAAUUCUGUGUGCCACACAGUCGCCAAUACCACCUGCAUUUGCACUGAUGACGGUCUCCGUGAUGCUGUUUCUCAAUGUGUCCAGGUCAGCUGCACUGUAUUGGAAGCCAUAGACACUGCGCGCAUCGAAGCAGAAGCGUGCCAGAGACCCAGGAGAUCCAGGAAACAAGACCUUCUGGCAGUUAUAUCGAUCGAGACGUUCGCGUUUCUCUGUGUCCUACUCCGACUCUUCUCACGAUGGUACACCAUGGCUCAUUUUGAGCUAGACGACUACAUAAUGAUAGCAGUCACGAUGAUAUACGUGCCGUUCGAAGUUAUAGGGCAAAUAGCCGGUGCCAUGGCAUUCGGCGUCGACAUCUGGACUGUGGACAAAACCUCCUUAACAAAUGCAUUCAAGUUGUUCUACAUCGCUGAAAGCCUCUAUCUCGCCAUUAUCAGCCUCACGAAGCUCUCCAUAUUGUGUUUUUACCUGCGCAUCUUCCCAAACCGAACAUUCCGACGUCUGGUCUUUGCCGUGACGACAUGGGUUACAGUGUCGGCUCUGGUCUUUAUACUUAUGCAGAUCUUCCAGUGUACGCCGAUUGACUUUGUCUGGAAGGGGUGGGACGGUACAUACGGUCCACACAAAUGCCUUAACGUGAACGUCCUAGUCUUCACGGCAGCAGGGUUUAGCAUCGCCCAGGACAUCGUCAUUAUCUUCAUGCCCAUACCCUUGCUCGCCCAACUCCAGGCCUCGUGGCGGGUCAAGCUUGGGGUAAUCCUCAUGUUCUCCCUGGGCAUCUUUGUUCUCAUCACGAGCUGCAUCCGCCUCCGAACCAUUGUCCUCUUCGCCCGCUCGACCAACCCCACCUGGGACUACAUGGACACGCUCAUCUGGACGGGCCUGGAGUGCGCCGUCUCCAUCAUCGUCACCAGCCUGCCCGCAAUCCGCGCCCUCGCCGGCCGUAUGUCGCCUGGGCUGUUCAGCAGGGCCGCCGCCGGGAUGGCCGGUCGGCCUUUGCCGCCGACAAGCUGCACGGAGGAGCUAGCGGCCGGUCAUUGAUCGGCCGCUUCAUUUCCAUGGUGACGAUGAGGACCGCCUCUCGGGUCGAUACGGAGAGCCAGCUCGAGCUUGGGGACAAGAUCAUGUGCGACGUGUGCACCGAGAUAGGUGCGGGCGGGAGGGAGGUUCGUCGUGGACCCAAUUCGACCAGGAGUCCGUUGGGUACUGAUGGUGAUGGGCCUGGCGAGGACAUGUUGAUGUCGUCGCCCAGGCCCGGA